CUUGACUGUAUUAACUGUUCGGUGAUAAGAUAAUUUGAUGUCACUCAUAUCACAGCUGAUAUACAACAAGUGAUAAAUUUUGUAUUUUUUAUUUUUAUUUUCAAUUUUUUUUUUUUAAGUGCUGUGCUCAAAAGGAAUUCUAGCAUCACAAUAUUAGUUAAGGUUUUCAAACUCGAUAAUAUGUCGAAACCCAAGAUACUAGUGUCUCACAACAAUUUUCCACAAGCAAUCUUAGAACAACUGAUGAAAGUGUUCGACGUUCAAAUAAUCGACAAGCCCAUGAUCAAAACCACUAAACAAGAUCUUGUAGAUAACAUUUUCGGGAAGUUUGCAUUGCUUGGAUCCAGAGUUCCUACUAUAGAUGAACAAGUAAUCGAAGCAGCAGGUCCUAGUCUCAAAGUUAUUAGUACAACCUCUAUGGGUUACGAGCACAUCGACACAAAUGCUCUGAAGAAACGAGGAAUUAUAUUAUGCAACACUGUACAUGCUACUACAGAUAGAGUCGCAGAACUCACUGUUGGUCUAUUAAUUGCUACAGCAAGAAAUUUCCUCGAUGCAAACCAACAGAUGAAAUUAGGUAAAUUUCCAACAUCGGUUGGUAUGGGCUUGACGAAUUCCGUAGUCGGCAUAAUUGGCUGCGGAAACAUUGGCAUUGCGGUGGCAAAAAUGUUGAGAGGGUUUAAAUUGAAUGAAUUACUGUACACAAGCCGUAAACCAAAGCCCGAGAUGGAAUGUCUUGGAGGACAAUUGGUGUCGACCGACUAUUUAGUUGGACGCAGUGAUUACAUUAUUUUGGCUACAGUUUUGGUGCCCGAAACCACUUAUAUCAUAAAUAAGGAUCGACUGGCACUCAUGAAACCGAACGCUGUGAUAAUUAAUGUAGGCCGUGGCAAAUUAAUUAAUCAAGAUGAUUUGGUCGAGGCUUUACAAACCAAACGUAUUCGUGGAGCCGGAUUAGAUGUAAUGACUCCAGAACCUCUUCCACUGGACCAUCCUUUAAUGACAAUGGACAACGUUGUUCUUCUACCUCAUAUUGCUGGAGGAAACACUAUUGAAGCUCCUAUGGAAAAAUCCCAGCUGGCUAUUGAUAAUAUUUUCGCAGUAUUCAAUAACCAACCAAUACCUUGUGAAGUAAAAUUAUGAUAAUAUUUUUUUCUCAAUUUAAUUGUUCAAAGAAAAUACAAUAAGCAUAGGUACUUAUAUAAUAUGCAUAAUAUAAAAAUAAAUAAUGUACAAAUAAAUAAAAUAAA